CUCUAGCCUGGGCACAGAAGUUUAAAGGAGUGCUGCACCAGCCCUGCCUCUGACGGGCUUCUACACAGAGACAUUUAGGUUUCAGAGACAGGACACACAGAGACACGCGGACAGAGAGAGAGAGAGACAGACACAGAGAGAGGCAUGGCACAGAGAGUCACCCACAGCCAUAGCCUGUUUCCUCCUGGCCAGUCUGGGAGGCCCAGGGACGUGAUGGUCAAGUCAGUGUAUUCUGAGAAAACAACUCUCCCACCCUGCCCCGUGGGAGCCUGUGUUGCCACGACGACAACCAGUGUUCUGUUUGUAUACAAUCUGAAAACUCUUUCGUCUGAUUUUUCCUCCCAAGCAUCGGCCUAUGCGAACCUGCAGUGGGAGCAGCAGCCCAGGCAGGAUGGGAGCCACCCACCUCAGGACUACCCUCACAGGGACCAGCCCCCAGUGGCUGACUACAUCCCCCAGCCCAAUUACAUGGAGGGAGAUCAUGAUCUCAUCAAGCCCAAAAAGCUCCUUAAUCCAGUGAAAGCCUCCAAAAGCCACCAGGACCUCCAACGAGAGCUGCUAAUGAGCCAGAAAAGGGGUGGUGUUGUUGGUGUGGAGUCUAAGCCGGAGCUGCAGCGAGUGUUAGAGGCCAGGAAGAGGGAAAAAGUGAUAAAGCAGAGGAAGGAAGAAGAUGAGGCCAGAAAGAAGAUCUCUCCUCUGGAACAAGAGCUCCUCAAGAGGAAGGAUAAGCUAGAAGUGUUGGAGAAGGAGCAGGAAAAACAAGAGGAGACAGUGAAAGCCCCAGAGUUUGUCAAGGUCAAGGAGAACUUGAGACGUACGUCCUUUCACAGUAAUGGAGAGAAAGAGGUGUAGAGACCAACCGGUCCAGGUAUACAAUUUAGUUGGAAUCUGCUGGAGUUUGCACACAUGUGUGUAUUAUACGUGUGAAUGGACAAAGAACUGCUGUGAUGUGCUCCUCUGACUGCAUAACUCAGACAACAGCAAGGAACUUCUACCUGUUACAAGGACUGGUCGACAAGCCAUGACAAAAUGCCUUCACUAUCCUACUCAGAGCAGAGACACAGGGAGAGACAGAGAAGGAAGGUUGACUCUGCAUUGGGCUACUGUUACAGUCAGUAACAUAGGCCAAACUAUAGCUGUGACAUCUCAAUCCAGAGUAACUGGCAUGAGUGUGAGGGUCAAAGAGGGGAGCAGCUAUUCACUAGUGGACAUAGUGUUCCGGAUUGCAACAACUCUAGAAAUAAAGCCAAAGUGGGUGUUCUUCUACAGUGUCACAGCAGUGGCUACUUUUCAUUUUAAGCUGUGUAUAUCCAAGAGUCAUUCUCUAGGAUACAGUAUAAAAAGCACACUGUACCUGCACAUACAAUCAAUACAGAGUGUUAACAGGAAACAAUCCAAUUAACUUAAUGGCACAUUCAAAAUCUUCUCAUGCAAUUUAAGGUCACGCAUCUCAAUGUGAAUUCUCUCACAGAGAAAGUUCCUAUCCCUAACAGUGCCUUCCUAGUUGAAUGUCAUCAUAAUCCAAAAGUUCAAAACAAGAAAAGCUAUCAUUAUGAAACUGUAUACUAUCAAUCAUUUAAUGUCACCUGGGCAUGAUAUAGAGUACUGUAUGUAGGUGAAUGUGAGUGUUGGUGUGAUUUUGAGGAGACACAAGAGGCACAGAUAUUUAUAUUACCUCCAUUCCAUCUCACCUUUUUUUUGGAACAUUUACAUGUUUUAGAAAGUGAUAUUUAUGUUUUGUGCUAAAAGUGUGAGACAAGGUAGAUAUUCUCACGUUUGUAAUUCUAUCACAGCUAUUUUUAAAUAGUAUUAUGUAGCGAUACACAAUUAAAUGCAAUCAGUUGAAUAAUUCUAUUUAAAAACGGCACUUUAGAAAAUGAAAUGAUGUAUCUGAAUAUGUAUUUUAGUGAUCAAUUAUGAAUUAGUCAUUUUUUAAAUAAUGAUGAUUAAGUUUGAAUUUGUUUUUAUCCUGAUUGCGUAUAUUUGUAUUUUUGUGUUUUUUUUACACCACAAAUUGUUCUCUGCCUUUACUGACUCCUGAACCACUUACAAUGUUUAAUGGUAUAAAACUGUACAUGAUAUAAACAUGAAGACAUUACUUCUCGUUUA